AUGUGAGAGACGAUGGGCAGCCAGGGCAGCCCAGUGAAAAGCUACGACUACCUGCUGAAGUUCCUGCUGGUGGGAGACAGCGACGUGGGCAAAGGAGAGAUCCUGGACAGCCUGCAGGACGGAUCAGCAGAGUCCCCGUACGCUUACAGCAGCGGUAUCGACUAUAAAACCACCACCAUUCUUCUGGACGGGAGGCGAGUGAAGCUGGAGCUUUGGGACACUUCAGGACAGGGGAGGUUCUGCACCAUCUUUCGCUCUUACUCCCGCGGGGCUCAGGGGAUCCUGUUGGUGUAUGACAUCACGAACCGGUGGUCCUUUGAUGGAAUCGACAGGUGGAUCAGAGAGAUUGAUGAGCAUGCUCCAGGCGUGCCUCGAAUCCUCGUCGGUAACCGUCUACACCUGGCCUUCAAACGGCAAGUUCCCACCGAGCAGGCGAGGGCGUACGCCGAGAAGAACGGCAUGACCUUCUUCGAGGUGAGCCCCCUGUGCAACUUCAACGUCAUCGAAUCGUUCACGGAGCUGUCGCGCAUCGUCCUGAUGAGGCACGGCAUGGAGAAGUUCUGGAGGCCCAACAGAG